GGAGGGGGGGCGGGUGUUGGCGGCUUUGGGAGUCCCCCUGCCGGAAGGGCUUAGUGACCGAGGGGCAUGUCGGCCCAGGGCGACUGUGAGUUCCUGGUGCAGCGAGCCCGGGAGCUCGUGCCCCAGGACCUGUGGGCAGCCAAGGCGUGGCUUAUCACGGCCCGCAGCCUCUACCCGGCCGACUUCAACAUCCAGUAUGAGAUGUACACCAUCGAACGGAAUGCAGAGAGGACUGCCACUGCGGGGAGGUUGCUGUAUGACAUGUUUGUGAAUUUCCCAGACCAGCCGGUGGUGUGGAGAGAAAUCAGUAUCAUAACAUCAGCACUGAGGAAUGAUUCACAGGAUAAGCAAACCCAGUUUUUAAGGAGCUUAUUUGAAACUCUUCCGGGUCGGGUCCAGUGUGAGAUGUUACUGAAGGUGACGGAACAAUGCUUCAACACGUUGGAACGAUCAGAGAUGUUGCUGUUGCUUCUGAGGCGCUUCCCUGAGACAGUGGUGCAACAUGGGGUUGGCCUUGGGGAGGCACUGCUAGAAGCUGAGACCAUUGAAGAGCAGGAGUCUCCAGUUAACUGCUUUCGAAAGCUAUUUGUUUGUGAUGUCCUUCCUCUAAUAAUUAACAACCAUGAUGUUCGAUUGCCUGCCAACUUGUUAUAUAAAUACUUGAACAAAGCAGCUGAAUUUUACAUCAACUAUGUCACUCGGUCCACACAGUUGGAAAACCAGCAUCAAGGUGCACAAGAUUCAUCUGAUUUAAUGUCGCCCAGCAAACGUAGCUCCCAGAAGUACAUAAUAGAAGGACUGACUGAGAAGUCAUCCCAGAUUGUGGACCCUUGGGAGAGGUUGUUUAAGAUUCUGAAUGUUGUUGGAAUGAGAUGCGAAUGGCAGAUGGAUAAAGGGAGACGAAGCUGUAGCGACCUACUGCACCGAAUGAAGGAGCUCAGCAGGUACAUGAGCAGCUUCGACAGUGAAGCUCACGCCAACUAUAAGAACCAGGUGCUCUACUCCACGAUGCUGGUCUUCUUCAAGAGUGCGUUCCAGUACAUCAGCAGCAUACAGCCAUCUCUCUUCCAAGGUCCUAACGCCCCAAGCCAGGUUCCACUAGUUCUUCUGGAAGAUGUAGCCAAUGUGUAUGGUGAUGUCGAAAUUGAUCGCAGUAAACACAUACACAAGAAGAGGAAACUAGCUGAGGGAAGAGAAAAAACCAUGCAGAGUUCAGACGAUGAAGAAUGUUCAGCAAAAGGAAGGAAUCGGCACAUUGUGGUCAGUAAAGCUGAGCUCAGCAACUCCAUCGAAGUGCUGGAGAGCUUCAAACUGGCCAGGGAGAGCUGGGAGUUGCUCUAUUCCCUGGAAUUCCUUGACAAAGAAUUUACAAGAAUUUGUUUGGCUUGGAAGACGGACACAUGGCUGUGGCUAAGAAUCUUCCUCACAGAUAUGAUCAUCUACCAGGGUCAAUAUAAGAAGGCAAUAGCCAGUCUGCAUCACUUAGCAGCUCUCCAAGGAUCCCUUUCUCAGCCACAGAUCACAGGACAGGGGACGUUAGAACACCAGAGGGCGCUCAUCCAGCUGGCAACCUGUCACUUUGCACUGGGGGAGUAUAGAAUGACAUGUGAGAAGGUUCUGGACCUGAUGUGCUACAUGGUGCUACCCAUACAAGAUGGAGGGAAAUCGCAGGAAGAGCCCUCCAAAGUGAAGCCCAAGUUUAGAAAAGGUUUGGAUCUGAAGCUUCUGCCCUGUACCAGUAAGGCUAUUAUGCCGUACUGCCUGCACUUGAUGCUAGCAUGCUUUAAGCUGAGGGCUUUUACGGACAACAGAGAUGACAUGGCGUUGGGCCACGUGAUUGUACUUCUCCAGCAGGAGUGGCCGCGGGGGGAGAGUCUUUUCCUGAAAGCCAUCAGUAAGAUUUGCCAGCAAGGAAAUUUCCAGUAUGAGAACUUCUUCAGCUAUGUUACAAACAUUGAUAUGCUGGAGGAAUUUGCUUAUUUAAGAACCCAGGAAGGAGGGAAGAUUCACCUGGAAUUACUCCCAAAUCAAGGAAUGCUGAUCAAAUAACCUCUAUCUAAAUGACGCCAAGAGAAUCAAACUGCGUAAGACAGAGAUUUGACUGACUGAGGUGUGAUUAGACUCUUGAAUAAAACUAUCUAUAUUCCUUUUCCCUUUGGGUUCCAAACAAAUUCUCUGAAGCCAUUGCAGACCUUUUGGGUGGUCCCUCCAGAGGAGUGGCAGAGAUGUUGGGAGCAGUGUGCCUCUCCUCCCCUGGGGUAAGGUUGUGAGACCGUCCUAGCUGUACCAUCUCGGAUGCGAGCAGGUACAGUACAGCACGGCACCUGGUGCCAGGCCAGAAGGAGACAGAGGUCUUCGCUGUUCGCUAGAUAUGUUGUUCUGACGUGUGUUCAUUAGAGAACUGUUUCCAUGCUGAUAGCCGCAGAACCAUAGUCGCACUAGACUGGAUCAAAAUGGAAAAAAAUCUCUGGGCAUUACCAGCUAACAUACUAAAUCUUCAUUACAGAGUUCUGCAAAACCAUGGCUCCCAGCCUUGUUUUCCCCAAAGUCUCAAACACCCUUUCUUUAUCGAAAACAUUGCCAGCCCUUCUGAGUCCUCUUUGAAGGGCCUCUCAGUUUGGGGCUUCAGUCCUGCUAAGGCGGCUAGCCAGUGUCCCCAGGUGUGCUUCUGGGACCGGCGUGGGCAGGAGAAGAGUGAGUGAAGCAGGCUGGAUUUUGAGUCCUAUCUUCUCAGAUGUUACCCCUCCCCACUACCAUCUCAUCUCCAUCUUCCUCACUGAUGCCUUUAUACUCCAAAUCACAAGUGGGAAGAGCUCUGGGACCAGGAGCCAAGAUGCCUCUAGACUGGCACCAGCAGCGGGUGCGGUGGGGCCCUCAGCUUCUCCCAGUCCCCCUGAAGACACAGCACGGCCAGGGGCUUGUGGAGGUCCAAGUUUCUGUACAGUCCGCUUUCCAGUCUUGUGUAUCCUCUCCGGAGUGUUGUUUUUGCAGUGCAGGGUGAGCUGGUGUGGGUGUUUGAAUGCUGCUGUUUGCUGUUUUUUAAAGGCCUUCUAGCCCUCCCAUGGGGUUACUGCAGCAGGAAUUCUUACCUGUGCUUCAGCCCAGCAUACAGACUGCUGACAGGUACCAAGUGGAAAAACACCUGCUCAUAGUGUGCUGUUUG